UGUUUGUUUGCUGGCUGUCUCCUUCAGCGUCAUCGCUGUUGUUGCUGUUGCUGCUGCUGCUGCCCAAUUCCUUGCGCCGGCCACGUCGCAACAUCUGCAGAAUUACCUACUUAUUUACUUACUGAUGCAAGAUUAACUUCAAUCGAUCUGCAACGUCGUACCCAUCUUCUUCCCACUUCCCCCUCCUCCCUCUCCUUCUUUCUCUCUCGCUCAAUUGGACCCGAGCUCGGAAGUGUCAGCAUGGACCCAGACUACAAGGCGCGAAAAGAGGCAUUCGUGUCCAAUCUGGCAGGAGGAGACAUCCUUGAAAUCAAUGCUGUGACGCUGGUCGCACCGGCUACUGUCCUACUCUGGUCUGCGCUACAAUCACGUCUCUCCUUCUUUACUCCUUACAGUUCAGCAGCGCUGGUGACCGACUUUCUCCUCAAUGUCCUGGCCAUCCUAUUUGCCACGACCGUGUACUCCUCUGCGCCAUGGACGCUCAACGCCCUCUUGAUCGCCCCUGCCCUCCUGCUCCUCCUGAAUUCGAGACCUCCCCGAAGCCAACAGAAAGCCAAGCCCCCACCGAGAUCAACCUCGACCGACAAGGACACAUCGGACAUGUCCGAGUCUCUGCCCAUCCACCCGUUCCUUACAACGUAUCGUGCAGCCAUGAUGAUCAUUACCUGUAUUGCCAUCCUGGCGGUGGACUUCCCGGAAUUCCCACGACGGUUCGCUAAGGUGGAAAACUGGGGCACGUCACUCAUGGACCUGGGGGUUGGCUCUUUUGUGUUUUCUGGCGGGGUAGUGUCUGCUCGUUCAGUGCUCAAGGGUCGGAAGAACGGGGCCAAGAAGACUUCCACUUGGCAACGGUUGACAGGGUCCACGCGGCACUCGGUCCCGCUGCUGGUAUUGGGAUUGAUCAGGCUAUACAGUGUGAAGGGACUUGACUAUGCGGAGCAUGUGACGGAAUAUGGCGUGCACUGGAACUUCUUCUUCACCUUGGGUCUGCUGCCUCCCUUUGUGGAGCUUUUUGAUGCCCUGGCUGCUAUCAUUCCAUCCUAUGAGGUGCUUUCCUUGGGUGUGGCUGUAUUGUAUCAGGUCGCUCUCGAAUCGACCGAUUUGAAAGGCUACAUCCUCGUUUCGCCUCGCGGACCGGACUUGCUAUCCAAAAACCGGGAAGGAGUCUUCUCUUUCCUGGGAUACUUUGCGAUUUUUCUGGCCGGUCGUGCCGCUGGAAUUCGGAUCAUUCCUCGCGGCACAGGCCCUUCGAGGUCCCCUCAACAGGCUAGGAAGCGCGUGCUUGUGACCCUGUGCAUUCAAGCCCUCUCGUGGACCGCGCUGUUCCUUCUGAACUCCACCUAUGCGAUGGGUUACGGCGCCAACAUUCCGGUAUCGCGCCGCCUCGCUAAUAUGCCCUAUGUACUCUGGGUAUCUGCCUUUAACAACGCCCAGCUGUUUCUGUUUUGUCUCCUAGAGACGGUCUUCUUCCCAUCCGUGCAUCGGGCAUCGGGGAAGGAUGGUGAGGCUGAGCGAGUCUCGUUUGCAACGAGCCGUGUCCUCAAGGCCUUCAACAAGGGCGGACUGGCUAUCUUCCUGGUGGCCAAUCUACUCACUGGGGCUGUGAAUUUGAGCGUCCCGACCCUUGACGUCAGUACUGCACAGGCCAUGGCCAUCCUGAUCGGAUAUGCCGCGCUUCUCACGGGCAUUGCGCUGGGACUGGACCGGGCGAACAUCAAGUUGGCAUUAUGAGGUUUGAAUGGGGUGAAGCACGACCCCCUCAAAAGUAACAAUUGUACCAAUAGUCCGACAGCCUACUUUUCGUUGUCGUUGUUGUUCUUCGUUGGCGAGUGUAGCUUCCGUAGUAUAGAUAGUAGAUAGAGAGAUGGCUUGUGACGGCGGGCUUGGCACCAGCUGAACCGCGGCUGGAACGAGAGCUCUGGCGGGGAGCACCGCAGCUGCCCAGCUUCCCCU